UUUGCAUUAUGAUAGUAAAAUGAUGAUAAUAAUGUCUGUUAUUUGUAUAGCGCUCAUCAGCAAGAAUUGCUGUUUCAUCUGAUUUAUCACUGGCAAUGCUCUUGAACAGCCAACAUCACUGCAAAAAUGUCUGGAUCCUCGAUGGCCAUUAUCUGUCCUUGUUGUCAACUUUACUGCAAUGGCGCUGUGACUUCUUUUGAAAGAGAUUACCACUUACCACACAUUGGGUAUUCUACCGAUAUUUUUCAUAGUCACCAGCUGGCACAGUAGGCAAGAGGAAUCAAGAUGUCGACUAAGAAACCUGCCAUAGUAAUCAACUGUUACACUAACAGUGAAAGUGAAGGAGGAGAGGAACCUAAGCACUACACAGAGUUAAAAGGCUUUCUCGAGGAGACUGGAUAUGAAAUUGAUCAAUACACUGUGGAUAUUGACAAAACCCAAUUAGAAAACCUAGUUAGUGAAAUAGAAAAGGCCAAACACACCAUCAGUGUGGUCACAGAAAACUCGAUCCAGGGUUUCUUUGGAGAUGAGAACCAUUACCAGAAAUGGCUGCGUUCACUACAUAAGUGUCUUGACUCGGAUAAUGUGUUGACACAUAUCAUUUUUUGCAUCAACGUUGAUGUGAAAAAUGUGCCCUGGUACCUCCGCCAGUUUAACCCGUGCAUCAGCUAUAGUCAUAAAAACCAUGACUGGAAAGUUGAGUUACGGAAUGUACUGAAACUUGAGAAGAAAUCUGUGAAGACCCUUAAACAUGUGAAUGCUGGGGAGGCCCUUGCCUGGUCACAUUACACUGGUUUCGUUCGUUUUCUGCCAAUGGUUGGGUCUGGUGGUGAUCCAAAAGAUGAGUGUGUGUGGCAAGCGCAGGAUGGGAAGCCUGUCAUCAAUAACCUAGUGAUAUUGAUACCAAGCGACUGCCACUGUCCAGCUACGAUAGAGCAUCCAUCAAUUCAAGGCCGACAAAAAUCAAAGUAUUAUACAUUUCACCGAGCAGGAAAAGAGAGGAAGCUGAAUGUUGAUUUGUAUACACUGGAGGGUGAAGAUAAGUUGGUGCCCAUUUCGUCCACCCCCUCAAUAGAGACGCUCCGUUUGAUGAAGGAGGAUAAAGGACUGGAUGAGAUGUGGUUGCAAGAGCAGAAGGAUAGAUUCACUGAUGUGUUGAAAGACAGAAUUGAGAGCGAUGGUUACCUGAGGCGAAAGGUGAUUCUAAUCACCGACUACAAUAAAGACAAUGAAGAUUUUGUCAAGAAUAUUCUGCGGGAAACUAAACAAGCCCAUCAAGACCAGCAGAGCACAACUUCUUAUCCUGGAAAGGAAGGCCGGUGGUCGGUCUAUUUACGUUCCGAGGAAGAUGAUGCUGAUCUAGCUAAAAAAAUUGAGGGCAUAAUCAAAGAAGAAAUACCUGACCUUAUCAUUGAGAACAGAGAAACCAGAAAGUGUGGAGAGCGUGAGCAUAAUGAAAGCCUUGUGAAAAUAAGGGAUGUCGAUCAGUGUAUAUUUCUGCUGACAGAACACAAGGGGAAGAUAUCCGCGGACUAUGAAGUAUCCGAAUGCGUGGACAAAGUCAUGCAAUGUAGCAACAAGAGGGCUACCAUCCUGCUGUACACUGAAGAGGCAGAAAAGAAACAUAAAGACUACUUUAAACAGCUUGCCGAACAUGUUGUGACUAGGGUUCAGUAUGGUAAAGACGGAUGGGUGAAUGAGUUGAAGGAGGCAAUCACAGAUAUACAAGCACGACCCCUGAAGUCAGCGGUGAACUUCCAUAACUUAUCUGAAGGCUUGGCCUUUGGUUACCUCUAUGGGUAUAUGAGGCCUUUCUUGCCAGAAUUUUCAAAGAAGUUGGAGGAGUUGAAAAUUUCCGAUGUGAUGCCCAAGAAACUCAUCAUUUUGAUGCCGAAGUCAGGAUACUCGCCAAAAACACUGCAAGCAACAGUUAAUGAUGACAAGCAUUUGAAGGAGUUGGAAGGGCCUGAGAGGAAAACAAAAAAAAUUAGCUAUCGCUAUGGAUUGCAAGACAGAGACUACACUGUAACAGAAUACCGUCUGACAGAUGAUGAUCAAAAGGAAUAUUUUGUUGCGGCCGAAUUCCUGACCCCUCUGCAGGCAUUGACUGAUAUGCAGAAGGACGUAUUUGCUGACAUGAGCAUCGAGCAGAAAUGUGAUCUGCAGAGGAAUCUUCGGAAAGUAAUGCUUGAAAUUGUGAAGAGCAAAUUGAUUCCCGAGGAUAUCGUGGACAAGUUCCUACUUCUAGAAAUAGAAGAUGAAGGCUUGGAUGGAAAACCAACGACGGAUGCUGAAAAACUGCAUAUAUGUUAUCGCGAACUUUUGAAGACAGUCAAAGAGGAGCUGAGACGAGAACAGGAAAAGCCGGAAGAGCAAGCCGCUCAACAAAUUGAAACAAUGGAAAUUAAGUAAAUACCUUUCAGUGUGCGGGUUGUACUCAGCUUUACUUAUAACUGAAAGUUAGCAAGAUUUUUUGCAUUACAGGAUAUCAUUUUUAGUUUCAUCAACAUUAUAUUGUUGUAAAAGAUCGAGAAAAGGUGAAAAAUGAACCUUUUGCGGCUAUAUAAUCCCUUUCGGAUGUUGUUCGACUAGACUGGGGUAUGCAUUGUGUAUGAUACUGAUCAGACCAAAAAUGAGAGUCCAGAUAAAUAUGACACCGCUAUAUGCUUCCAUAUUUGUAUGUUAUAUAUAUAUUGAAUCUACAUGUAUUUCAUGCUUGCUCCUAAUUCAUUUUAAAACUGCCAAAACCUUCAUUUUAAGUUUUGAUUAUCAUGAUAAUGGUUUUGAUGUAAAAAGGCAAGGCCAAUCUCGCCAACCUGCUCCUGCCUCCUAUCUCCUGAAGCCAAAUUGGUGGAAGGUUGGUGUAGCUAGGUGCCGCUGUGGUGUAGUCGCUCAUGGGACUCUCAACUAGCGGUCAAGAGGUCCCUGGUUCAAAUCCCACUGUCAGCGUGAGACUGUAGGCAGGUCUCUUUGUCUUACUUGCCUCUCUGCACCCAGGUGUAUUAGUGGGGACUGGUCAGAAAUGCACAGAUUGUAGCGCUGGUUGAGCAUCUCAUCUGAGGUCUACUGAAAGGUUUCAGGACAAGUCAGGGUUAAAGUGUAAAGUCGGAUGAUAACCUUUUAUUGUAUAGUUGACAUCAGACUAUAAACCCAUAAACCCAUAACUUUAGGAUUAGGAUUAGGUGUUUCUCUCCUAAUGCUAUUAGCAAGUGUCUUGGACAAAGCUACACCCCUGCCCUGUUCAAGUGUAAUCGAGCACACAAAUCGUUGCACUAUAAACAUAGUUCAGUUUGUUGUACCGUAAAUGGUUUUGUUGUUUUCUUACUGAUUUGAAAGUUGCAAUGUUGAUGCCAGCCAUGCUUGGCUUAAAUGUGUGAUAUUACUCAAUGGAAUAAAUAUGCUGUGAUGACGCUAUCUAGCCAGUUUUGGCACGUCUGUAUCACAUAGGCCUAGCUAUUGCUCGUAACUUUGGCCUUUGUACAGGCACCCUUCUACUGACUAAAGAGCGUCUACACAGCAUUUUUCAUUAUAAAAAUUAUCUGCAUUUGUACUGUGCCAACUAGUUUGUCCCCAGCUGUAAGCUUGCUGUCUACUUUAUGUUAUUUGUUACUCCUGAGGGAUUUUUUUUGCUGUAAUUGUUCACUGAUUCAAUUAACUAUGAGUUAAUCAUGUACUUGUGAUAUUGUACAUAUCAUUGCCGGCUUAGUAUUACAUGUAACCCUAUUGGGUUUUUGCCUGAUAGCCCAACAGUCAUGUAGCAGCUAUAAUAUUGGGACGCUGUUGGCAGGGUUGUUGGGUUUUCACUUUCCUCUAUCUACGUAGAUGUGCAUGCCAACCUCUGCCCUGGUGGCAGCUGUCAAUUAUACCUACAUCAGACCACUGUAGACUGAGUUAUGUUUGUGACCAUUUUAUUUUUGCAUUCGGUGGCCAACUCGAAUAUCAACAGGCUGGUAAUAAUGAUAAUAAUGGUGAAUGAUUCAACUUGUGAAGCAAUUAUGGAAACAGGGAACAUGGAAUUUAUCCUCCUCCAAAUGAAAAUGAGCACAUUUUUUCAAACUUUAGUUACUAUGUCUCCGUUUAUUGUAUAUAUAUUUGUGUAUUUAUGUAUAUAUAUUUCAGAUAGCCAAGAGCUGGUUGUUUGGUGGUCAUGAAUUACUGAGACAUGCACACAUGCAGUCUGGCCUACCCGAUUGUAAAUGUACUGGUCUACGUACUGCUGCUUUGAAAUGAAAAUUUGUAUCAUUUUCAUUGAAUAAAUGUCUAUAU